GGACAACAUGGCGGCGGCGGCGGCGUCGCUGAGGGAGCGGGCCGGAGCCGGAGCCGGAGCCGGGGCUGAGGCCGGGGCCGGGCUGUAGCCGGCGGCGCUGAAGGGGUUCCCCGUGCCGGGCUGGGCCGGGCUGGGCUGGGCUGCCCUGGGCGGCGGCAGCAGCAGCAUGUGUGAGGGCUACGGGCGGGCGUUGCUGCGGGUGGCGGUGGCGCAGAUCUGCCAGGCGCUGGGCUGGGACUCGGUGCAGCUGACGGCCUGCGACAUCCUCACCGACGUGUUGAGCCGAUACAUGGAGCGGCUGGGCCGCGGCUGCCACCGCCACACCGAGCUCUAUGGUCGUACGGAUCCCGUCUUGGAUGAUUUAGGUCAGGCCUUUAAACUAAUGGGAAUCAGCCUUUCAGAGCUGGAAGACUAUAUUCACAACCUUGAGCCCAUCGGGUUUGCACAUCAAAUCCCAGCUUUCCCUGUCAGCAAAAACAACGUGCUCCAGUUCCCACAGCCUGGAGCCAAGAGACUUGGUGAGGAGAAGGAGUAUAUUCCAGAAUACCUGCCACCUCUCAUCUCGUCACAAGAAGAGGAAGAAGAGGAGCAGGUGCCGACUGAUGGAGGCACGUCAGCAGAAGCCAUGCAAGUCCCUCUCGAAGAGGAAGAGGAUGAAAUGGAGGAGGAAGAGGCUGUUAACGAUGAGAACUUUUUGGGAAAAAGACCGUUAGAAAGCCCAGACUCUGCCGAUUUACCGGUUGCAAAGCGAGCCAGAAUAGCGGGGUGUAAAAUAGACAGCCCCGACGGUGUUUUGGAACCCAGGGAACCUUUAAGUAUGAUAAAUUCUCAAAGGGUGCCCCCUGUUUUGUCACCGGUCCCUCCGCCAGAUCAUUCAGACUCACUGCCACUUUCCCCCGAACCUCCCAUGCUUGCACCCAUACCAAAACCGUCGCCACUUUCCACCCCCAAAUCCUCCGACUCAAAAGCAUUCACGUCUAAAGUCAAAUCGAAGAUCUCAUCGUCGUCGAUACAAAAGCCCAAAUCCCCAAAAGCAGUUCAGUUGGCACUCUUGGGAAGUCCCAUCCGAUCUCCGAAAGCUUCUUUGAAAGCGGACAAAAAAUCGCCCAUGCGCACAAAAAGUCCCAAAAGCCCGAAAAGUCCCAAAGUACCACCCAGUGUUUCUCAUUCCGCGGCCAAGAGUGAAACUCCCAGCAGGACGCCCUUGUCUGUUUGCAACUCUGGGCCUGAGAAACUGGGCAAAGAAAACGUUCAGACCAGGCAGUCGCUCUUGUCGAUUGAAGUGGAGAAACCGAAUGUUUCCGACACCUCGCCAAAAAAAUUGCCAGUGCCUGAUAAGAGUAUUGAUGACUCGAUCGACGCCGUCAUCGCCCGCGCUUGCGCUGAGCGGGAACCCGACCCCUUUGAGUUCUCCUCAGGUUCCGAAUCGGAAGGGGAGAUUUUCACCAGCCCCAGGAGACUUACCAUUUCAGAAUCGUCCACCCCACGAAUGUUCUCCCUGUCGAGCAGCUUCAGCAGAGGAAGUGCCACCCCCGUGUCCUCGUCGGCCCCGACAACCAGCACCAAUGUAUCGUGGACGUUGGACGAUUCCAUCAACGAGGUUGUUCGGAAGGCCAGCAUGGGAACGCCGCCCUCCGUCCCCGUGUCCAUCCCUUACCUGUCCUCCCCGUCCGCUUCCCCCCCUACCCCGGAGCCCCUCCUCAAACUCUACGAGGAGCGCACAAAGCACACGUCGACGUCCGACGUGAAGAAAAAGCUGAAGAAAGAAAUUAAGAUGAAGAUCAGGAAGAAGGAGAAGGAGAAGUUGAAGGAUAAGGACAAGGAGAAAAAGGAAAAGAGCAAAGACAAAGAGAAAAACAAGGAGGCCAGCAAGGAGUCCAAGAUUUUGAAAGAGCUCGCAAAAGACCACGAGCUAGAUCCGUUCAAAUUUAGAAUCAAAGAUUUCGAUAGCGACAUUAAGGCAAAACACAAGGAUGGGAACUUCAAAAAGGACAAGGAAAAGCACAAGGAAAAGAAGAAAGAUAAAGAAAAGAGUAAAAAGGACAAGGAGAAGAAUAAGGACAAGGAUAAACACAAAGUUAAGAACCAGUUGACGCCGCUCCCGUUUGUUAUAAAGGAGCCCUUGUUCAGCACCCCGAGCAACGUUCGAAGCCCGUCCGUGCUGCCCGCAGUGCCCCUCCUGGUCCCCGAGAGACUGUUUGAAGAGAAGCCCAAAGAGAAGGAAAAGAAAAAGGACAAAAAGGAGAAGAAGAAAAAGAAGGAGAAGGAGAGGAUGAAGGAAAAGGAGAAAAGAGAGAGGGAAAAGAAGGAGAAGGAGAAAGAGAAAGAGAAGCAUAAACACGAAAAGGCAAAACCGGAACCAAUUAUACCAGCUCCCUCCCCUGUUAUUCCAAGACUUACCCUGAGAGUGGGUGCUGGCCAGGAUAAAAUAGUCAUCAGCAAAGUGGUCCCAGUGACAGAGGCCAAGCCGUCGCCUCCAACGGCCCACCCAAAGACCCCACCACCUCCGUCGCCAGCACCUGCGCCCAUCCACAUCGCCGCGGCUCUCACUCCCGUCCCCCUCCCCCUGUCCACGGCUGUCCCCUCCCCAGCGCCCGCCCUCCCCGCGGCCUCCCCCGCUGCCACUUGCUCCGCAUCAGGAACGUCCAAGACUCCGGUCAGGAGCGUGGUGACUGAAACCGUCAGCACUUAUGUGAUUCGCGAUGAGUGGGGGAAUCAGAUCUGGAUUUGUCCUGGUUGUAACAAGGCUGAUGACGGCAGCCCGAUGAUCGGUUGUGACGACUGUGAUGACUGGUACCACUGGCCCUGCGUUGGAAUCUCGGCGGCCCCUCCAGACGAGGUACAGUGGUUCUGCCCCAAGUGCAUCAACAAGAAGAAGGAGAAAAAACAUAAGCGAAAGAAGUCUCGAGCUCACUAAGAGGGUAACCCUCACAUCCUUUUAUAUCUUGCAGCCGAUUCUUCCCUUUUCUUGAAAGGACGUUGAUAAAUUGUGUGAUUGAAUGGCCUUGUACAUUGCAGUCAAUAAAAGAAAGUACUCAAAUUCCACCCCAGGUAAAAGGCUGGAGAUUGAAACCUAUUGUUAGCCUUUUUGUGUAAUUAAUUGUAUACUUUUAAAAUGAAAGUUUGUAUUAUAUACACACCACAAUCAUUUUUUGCAUUCUGUACCGAACCGUCAUCAUCCUGGUAGUUAUUAUGCUUGUAAUAUAUUUUAUCUUCUCUGCUCAGAAUUCUCAUUCCUUUAACCAACAGCAGCAUGGUGAUUGUAACCAAUAGUGGAUUGCUAAGGUUUAGAAAGAGAAUAAAUUACAUUUUUUUACAAAAAAA